AUGGACCAUCGACACCAAGGGCUCCUCUUGCGCUGGCAGCAGAACCGUCUCCAGAUCCGGUACCAUAGCCUUCAGAUGCGUCGCUACAUGCUUCAGCGCCAGGACCAGCGCGACCCGAACGAGAUGCGGCUCAUGCUCGACGACUACCUGCGCGACCACGGGCGCAUGCAGCGCCUUGCCCGCCUCGAGCUGCGCGAGAUGCGCGCCAAUCAGUUCCACCCGAUGGUGGCUCGCCGCCAGUACCCGUUCGUGCGCGACGUGCUCGAUGACACGGACAUGAACACGGAUGACGAGAUUGUCGUCGCACCGCCUGUGCCCCGGCGCCGGGCCGUCUCGCUCGAUGUCAACAUGCACAAGCAAAUCAACGUGCCGCGCAUCACGUUGGACGCGAUCCAGAUCAAGGGGCUCCGCCACGAGAGCUACGAAGCGCCACCAACCGCGUACCAGCCCCAUGGCAAUGAAGAGCCGCUCGUGUUGCAGCGCCGUUUCGUCCAGGAUCGCAUUGCCGUGCUGUCGCGCAUGAAGUCGCGACUGACGUCCAUUCCAGGUGACGAUCGCUGGGCGACGCAGCUUGUGCUCAAUCGGCACAGCAUUGACCAGCCCGUUCCGAUGCAAGGCGGGCUCACGGCCCUCCAUGGCCUUGAAGAGCUCGUCUUGGCCUUCCUCGAUGGCCCAAGUCUGCUCAAGUGCACGCUCACUUGCGUGCGUUGGAGCCGCCUUUGCCGCCAGGACACGCUCUGGGAGAAGCUCCUCGUGUCGCCAAACGAAGGCUACCCGCUGCGCACGCUCAUGUCGUGCCCUCGCCCGACACCUGCGAUCCAAGUGUACAUGCUCUUCUACACGAGCGGCCUCGCAAUGGGGCCAGCAUUUGUACAGCAAGAGUUUGUGCCUGAUGAAACGAGCGAGGCGGCGCCGACCUCGUCGCGCCACCGCGACCUCUCGCAGCUCGUCGAGACGACUCCGAUUGGCAGCGUCCAUGUCUCGCGCCUCUUGUCGACCAAGAAAAACUGGUCGAACGCGCUUCUCUUUCCGACCGAGACGGCGCAUUUGCACGCCCUAUCGUGCACGACGCUCAAGGCGUGGCUCGGGAAGCACUCGCCGCUGCCGCCCGAGACGCUCCGGUCGUUUUGCUUUCAGCUGCUCCACGGCUGCAUGGCUCUGGACGCUGCUGGUAUAGCGCACACGGACCUCUCGCUCAAGCACGUGCUCGCAUUUCCAACCAACACGGCGCCGCCCGGCGUGCCCCUUCUGCGCAUCGACGGCCACGGCGCGUGGGAGCGCAAGAGCGGCCAGUAUGACCACGAAAGCGCGGUCUGGAGCUUGAUCUUUACGACGCAGAACCGCGAAGAGAGUCGGUGGAAAAACCUACUGUGUAGCUACCUCUACUUGAUUCUGGACGUGUGCCUUGAAGGGCGGCUCGCGAACCUGCGCCAGCAGUCGCUGCUCCACUGCCUCGCGAUGGACCGGCACAGCAUGCCGCGCGACUUUCGUAGCCUCGCCGAGCACGGCGCGUACCUCUUGUACCACAAUAUGCCCAUGGACAAUCUGCUCCUUCAUCCGUACUUGACGCAGACGCCGUGGGACGCGGUCGACUGGCUCCGCGAGCUGCACCCGCCGCGCGACCAGACAACGUACCUUGAGAACAUCCUCGCGCUCUACGCUACGCCACUGCCACCAUCGACGUCGACGUCGGCGCGCCCGAUCCCCGUGCCCGUCUCGGACAUUGGCCCGCGCUGCCUCCAUACGGCGGUCGGGGAGGCCGGGCUGCUAGCGAAUCGGUUUACGUGCAUCCGUGCGCCGGCCGACGCGACCUCGUACUGGAUGCAAGCGCUGGCGUCGAGCCAGAGCGCGACGCUGGUGCGCCUCGACUUGUCGGCGCUCGAGCUCUCGAGCUCGACGAUUCUCCAAGGGCUGAGCUUGCUCCCGCACAUUACAGACCUCAAGCUGCCCAAAGCGAUGCUUCGGGAAAGCAACAUUGAGCGCUUUGUGGUUGCCUUUGCCAACAGCCUCCUCCCAGCACUCUCGACGGUCGAAGACGCCUUCUUGGUCGCCGUGCGCCGUAUGGAAGAGUCGUACGUCAAGCAGCUCGAGAUGGUCGACUUUCUCUUGCAGCCAACGCGCGCCGUGUAG